GACUGGACCGAUCAUCUGAUUGGUGGACGAGCGGCUCGAGCCCCUGAGUCACAGCCAGGAGCUGGUCACUACGCCGCACUGUCGUUACGGAGACAGGGUAGAUGAUUGACAAAUGUCUUCUUCCUGGCAAGUCAAGAAAAUCCUUGGUGCUGUACGUGGAUGAGCCGAGGAGCCAUCCCAGGAUUUGGAUUUGGAGGUGCUGCAUCCUUUACCUGGAUUUCAGUGGCUCCGAGCUGCAACCAGGUUUGGAUUCAACAGCGUGACUCAGAGAUCAGAGAGGUGGUGGCAGGAACACAGGGAGUGGCAUAAUUCCACAAUCAGGCCGACACAUGUGGUUGCGUCUGAAUGGGUCAAAACAAAUCAACGAUCCUCCUCCAAACCAGAGUUCGAUUGGACGCUGCUGCUAGGAAUGAAAAUCAAAUAUACAAACGUUAAAACAACAUAAAAGAGAAAAGGAGUGAAGUGAAGCCAACACGGAAGUGCCAAAAACUACAGUUCUUCAAACGUCCACAUGAGGCUGGCUCCAGAAAGUGAAGAGCAGCAUGGAGAAGGAAGGUACAUCCUGCGUCAGAGAGAGACCAAAUGAUUGUAAACUACGUGAUUUGACCCCUCUGAUGCCCCAAAGCAGCUCAAAGCUUCCCGUUGCUGACUCAGUAUGAAUGACCAUACAUGGCAUUGGGAUUUACUUCAAAACUGAAAGAUCAGUCUGGAUCUGCACCUGGCUCAUGAAGGACAGGACAUAAUUUAGAAAAUCAUGAGAGUCAAACCAAUGGACCUAUCCUGAAAAAUCUUCAUCAACAAGACAAACUUGACCGCAGAGAAUAAAAUCAAGACCCAAUAACCAAAGGAGGAGGAGGAGAAAAGAAGCAGAUACAUCCCAGGUAUUGACCAACUCAUCUCAUGUAUGUUUUCAUUGAGGGACUGAGGGAGGGAACAGGUGUUACUUUCUGUUUCUACAUUUGAAAAAAAGUGUGCAGAAUCAGACCUCAUGGAUUGACUGGUAGGUGCAGAGACUCGUGCAUGACUUGUGUUUCAUCCUGCACACAGAUGUUUUCAUAAAGUGAAUUGGGGUCAAAGUGUGAAUGAGCUUCUCUUGACCCUCCUUGUACUGAGAGAAAACACCUUUAAUACAGUUGAAGAGAGCAUCAUGAAAGGUUUAAAUCUCAGCCGGGGGAUUCUGGUGCUUCUGCUGCUUUGGACCUUGUCAGUCGUUGCUGGUGCUGCUGGUGCUGUGAGCACAGAGCGAGGAGGAGCUGGAAGAAGCCAGAGGAGAGGAGGAGGAGGUGGUGGUGGCGGCAGCGGUGCAGAUAAGAGAAGGAGGUUUCACCGCAUCCAACAUGGCCAGUGCAGCUACACCUUCAUCCUGCCGGAGCUGGAUGGAUGCCAAAGCGGAGGAUCCGAGCAAUACGGCGGAUCUCGCGGCGGGGCGAGCAUCGUGCAGAGAGACUCGCCGCCAGUUGACGGUGAAUGGUCGGCUCAGAAACUGCAACACCUGGAGAGCACGAUGGAGAACAACACACAGUGGUUGAGAAAGCUGGAGAACGUGAUUCAGAAGAGAAUUAAGCCGGACAUCACUAACAUACCGCCGCAUGUCGUUCACAACCAAACGGCCGCCAUGUUGGAGAUCGGAACAAACCUCCUCACGCACACAGCGGAGCAGACGCGCAAACUCAACGUGGUCGAAGCAAAGGUGCUGAACCAAACAUCUCGAAUGGAGAUCCAGCUUCUGGAGAACUCUCUGUCGACCAACAAGCUGGAGAAGGAGCUGCUGCUGCAGACGUCUGAGAUCAGUCAGCUGCGAGCCAAGAACAGUCGUUUGGAGAGUAAAGUUCAGAAGCUGGAGUCUCAGCAGAAAGGAGAGCUGGAGGACAUGAGGGAGGAGAAGAACAGACUGCAGGCUGUCGUCAGGACUCAGAUGACGGCCAUCGAGGCUUUAGAGAGGCAGCUGAGAGUCGCCAGCAGCAACAACACGGCUCUGCAGAGGCAGCAGGUUCAGCUGAUGGAGUCUGUCCACACACUCAUUAACAUGGUGGCUACGACUACAGGGUCACCUCCCAGAACAAAGCUGUGGAGAGACUGUGCAGAUGCUUACCGGGCCGGUCACUCCGUCAGUGGUCUGUAUCACAUCUACAUCAGCAACAGGUCUGAACCUGUGCAGGUGUACUGUGACAUGGACACGGCUGGUGGAGGCUGGACAGUCUUCCAGCGGCGGUUUAACGGCAGCGUGGACUUCCAGAGAAGCUGGAGGGAAUACAAGAUGGGUUUCGGGGACGUGUUAGGAGAGCACUGGCUGGGUAAUGAAGCUCUGCACCUGAUGACCAGUCAGGGUCAGUACUCUCUGAGGGUGGAGCUGAACGAUUGGGAGGGAAACUCCGCCUACUCCCACUACGACCGGUUUACACUGGCCAAUGAGAGACAGCAGUACAGGUUGUAUCUGAGAGGUUACAGCGGCACAGCGGGGAAGCAGAGCAGCCUGAGCACCCAUGGGACCGGAUUCAGCACCCGAGAUCAGGACAACGACAACUGUGACCACUGCAAAUGUGCCCUGAUGCUCACUGGAGGUUGGUGGUUUGACGCUUGUGGUUUCUCCAACCUGAACGGUAUUUACUACACCAUCGGCCACAACAUCAGGAAGCUCAACGGCAUCAAGUGGCAUCACUUCAGGGGCCCCAGCUACUCCCUGCGCUCCACCUCCAUGAUGAUACGACCCUAUGACUUCUAACAACACCCCUCCACCUCCAUGAUGGUACAUCCCUCAAGCCUUAGGACCCUCCUGGAUCAUGAUGGUACAACCCUAUGGCAAAAUGCAGCUGUCCUGAUGAAGUGCAACACCCAAUGAGCUCUGGCACCACGAUGGUACGACCCGAAAAGGCUGCACCACGUAAAACCCUUCAACUUUAACUAUUUUAGUGGAUUUCUCCAGUUUUGACGUCAGAAACAAAACAAAGCUGUUUGACCAUCCGACAAGCGACAGCCUUUUAUGACUUUGAAGCACCUCUCGGAUUAAACAUGGUAUGAUCCACAGACUUCAAAGUGCCUCUGCAGUUAGUGGCCAUGAAGUUAAUCUCCAGUGGCAUGAGAACAUUCUUCCUUUGGUCUUUGUAUUGGGAAUCAAGAGCUAGUUCUUCUCCGACAUGUUGUGAUGAGUGCUUUCCCUGGAAAAUGUCUUUAAAUACACUUUCUGUUGGCAGAACAUCGCCGCAUUAAAUCCUCUGUCUGCCGUGUCGACACUUUAGGAGUGAAAAUCGCCAUGACCAGUUUAGGCAAAAAAACGCUUCAGGGUCAAGUGAUGUUACGUUUUGUGUCACCGUCAGCUUAUAGACAGUGAUAUCUGACAAUACGCCAACAGAGGAAGAGAUGAUACAGGUAAUGGCACCAGGCUGUAAACAUGAUUAUUUUUUCUGUGAAGGACAUUUGAACAUGGGGACUUAUGGAGACUGACUCGUUCUGCAGCCAGCCUAAAGUGGACAUUGAGGAACUGCAGUUUUUGGCACUUCCACAUUGACUUCACAGACACAGAGGUUGUGAAGUGAAUAAGAAGGUCAGCUCGAUUUAAAAUGCUCGAUACUUUUAAUUUAACUUCUUUGAAUGGUCGAACUUCUCAAGUUCAAACAUGUGGAUGAACAUUUUUACGUGUUUGAGGUGGAAGCAGUGUGACUCCCUUCUGAUCUCACAUCUGAGCGAUGUGAUGGAGAAGUUGAAGCCACACUGACGAUCGAUGAGCUACGAUGUUUUCUCCUUCAAACUCACAGACUGUUGAGAAACGCAAAGAUGACUGUGGCUUGAUGUGUGCCAAGUGGACCAACGACGGCUCAUGUUAAUGAAAGCAGACUUGUAUAUAAUAAAUGGAACCUGAUGAAACGACGUGCAGAUGGAGAAACUUUGGACGGUGAGCAGACUGAAUUUUUCUGAUCAAAAAGUAAUUACAUUACAUUAGUAUGCCAAAGUUUGGACACUUAAACAAACUGUAGCCUCCGCUCUGAAGCAAGGAAACAACUAAGGAAGAAAAUGACACAUAGAAAAGUCUCUGUCAGUCUUUGAUUAGUUGUUUCAUGUUGGACAAAGUCUGGACAUCGAACAAGAACAAAACAAAAGCAGAAAUCAAAGCAGUCCAGUUUCUGAGAGAGAAAUAUUUCUUUAAUUAUCACUGAUUCAAACAGCCUGAUGAUUUCUUUUCUGCUUGCUGGACUCGACGUCUCGUCUUGGCAAACACUCUCAUGGCUCUCAUACAGACAAUAAAUGAGUUACAGGACAUUUUAUAU